AUGCUUAUAUUCUUUGUAUUUGCAUGCUUAGUUUCAGCUUAGACCAAGCUAAAAGUAACUGGAACCGUUGUGGAUUCGUAGGGUAUCAAUAUUGCAGGAGUUCACAUUACAUUAUUGUAAGAAUUUUGAAUUUACCAAUAGUCAGCAACAAUAAACUAUCGUAAGUGGUUAAACGAAAGAUGAUGGUAAGUAUGAGCUAGUAGCAUAAAUAAACCAAAUUAGUAAUCUAUUUGUCGAAGCUUCCUUAUAUGGAGAUAUACAAGCUCCUUAACGUUAUGCAGCAAAUCCUGACUCUAAUGGUAAUAUAGUCUAAGAUUUUAUACUCACUGUGGAUGAUGUGACAGUAAAUGGACCUGCUGUUUUAGCUAAAAUCAAUGGAUAAUACUUUAAUAAAAAUGCUCCAUUGAAUGGAGGAGCAUCUUAUGCACCUUUAGAGGGUGUUAAAAUAGAUUAUACUAUUGAAUACAUUCUAAAUGGAAAGCACUCAUAUGAUUUUACGAGUAUUACAAAUGCUUAAGGAUUUUCAAAAUUAUUUACAGCUUAUCCCAAAUCUGCUGCUGUAUUGAAAUUUUUAGCAUAAAGUGAGAACUUCUGGAAUUUUAGAUAAACAAAAGAUAAUGAUGAGAAUUACAUAUUGAUUGUGUAAAAAUAAUUGUAUAUUAUCUAAUAGAACAAAUUAAUAUAAAGUGAAUUAUCAAGUCAUAAUGGAAGAAGGAGUAUUCACUCAAACAGUAUUAGGUACAGUGGUAGAUAAAAAUUCUAAAAAACCUUUGAAAGAUGCCAAAGUAGAAGUUACAUUUAGCUCAGAAUCUAAAGGGUAUUAAUAAUUUCUUAUUAAUAUAGAAAAUUAAGUAGUUAAAAUUUAUUAACUAAAGAGGAUGGUAAAAUAGAAAUUUAAUAUAUAAGUAAACUUUGGUAUAAAUUUACAAUUAAAAUAUCAAUUGUUAAAGAAUAUUAUGCUUUAUAUGAAUAAUAAAAAACUAUUGAAAUGGAUCAUGAUGAUAGAACUAAAAAUAAAGAUAUAUUUUAAUUAGGUAUGAUAGAAAUGCCAGUUUAACCAUCAGUAACAUUAUUUGGAGUUGUUUUAGAUCCUCAUUAAAAAGAAAAAGAUCCAAAUUUAAAACCAGUCAUAAAUCUACCAUUAUAAGUUAUAGCAAAAUUUGAAAAUUUAAUUGAAAAAUUUGAAACUCAAACAGACUCUAAUGGUUAAUGGAGUAAAGAACAUUUAUUAUUAUAACCUUCAGCUAAAUAUGAUUUGGAAAUUACUUAUACAAAUAGUUAAAAGGAAAAACUUACUGAUAAAUUUUAAUUUUAAACAACACUUGAACCAAUCUAAAAGAUUAAAAUUGAUAAUUUGUAUUAUUAAGAUGUUGUAAAUGCUGUAUUAACAGGUAAAUUUUCAGAAGCACCUGAAAAAAUAUAGUUCAAAAUUCCAUAUAAGAUUAAUUGUGAUACUAUUGAUUCUAAAUUAAAUUUACCAAAAGAAAUUCUUGGCUAAACUAAUGGAGAUGAAAUUAUUGAUAAAACUUGGAGUGUGGAAGCUAGAGGAGAUAAAGAUAUUAUGUGUUCUAUUUAAUAAUAAGAUAAUACUUAAUUUAUUCAACCUUUCACAAAAUAAUUUACAUUAUAAAAGGGAAUUUGGAAGACUGAUCUAAAGUAAAUUGAUAUUAAAUAUAAUUUAUUUGAAAUUGUUAUUGCUGGAACUGUAUUGGAUAAAACUUAAUUAAUUCCUUUUAUAAGUGGUGCUAAUAUGAACUUUAUUGUUUAUUAGAAAGAUACUAUACAAAAUUCAAUUUAAAGAGAAUUUAAUAUAAAAUCUGAUGAUAAAGGAUUAUUUACAUUAAAAUUUUAAAUAGGUAAAGGAGAAAAAUAGAUUGUAAAAUUAACAGUUUCUCAUCCUGAUUUUAUAGAUUAUAAGAAAGAAGAGUUUCUAAUUUUAAAUGGAAAUGGUCCUUAAACUAUUAAUUCUAAUAGUAUAACUUUAGAUCGUAUUGAAUUUACUGACAUUAUAUUACAUUAUAAAAUUGACACAUUAGAAUAACCAGCCACAUUAAAAUUGAAUUCUUGUAGUCCUUUUAUGGAAGUUGAUAAAUUGUAUAUUCCAAAAUAUGAAUCUAAUGAGUAAAUAUUUAUUUUUUAAGUUUUAGUGGAUCUUUUAAACUUCAAUUUGCAUGUUAUUAAAAUGUAAUCUAUAAAGCAACUUUAGAAAUUACCAUAAAGUCCUUCUCUGCAUAAACAUUCUAAUCACAUUAAUUCACAUGUAUCAAACCUACAAAAGAGAAACCAGAAAUUGAAAUUACUUCUGAUUCUCUUUUCAUAAAAGGGAAUAUAAUUGUCAAAUUCCUUGAUGUUAAUAAUCAUCCUAUCAAAGGAUAAUAAGCUACAUUUCGUACAGAACCCAUUUCCUAAGUUUUAACCCAAUCUUCUGAUGAUUAAGGAAUCAUUAAAUUCAUUGAUACUAAAUUAUUCAAAAAUUAAUAGUAUACAGGUUUUCUUGGUUAUGGAUCAAUUAAUGAAUAAAUCAAGUUUUAUCCAAAAUAAGAUAACUUUGAAGAACAUUUUUAAGAUUAAUAUAUUGGAGGAGAAGUAUAAUAUAAAAUAACAGGAAAAGUGAAAUUAUGUAGAGGAUAAUUAAUCAAUCCACUUUAAAUUAAUGUAAAAUGCUCUAAAUAUCCUGAAUAAAUUGGAAAAACAGAUCUUCAGGGUUCAUUUUCAGUUAGUAUAUAAGCAGUAGGUACUUUUAAUGAUAUUGUUUAAUGUACUACUAAAAUAUCAGGUGAUGCUGAUUAUUCAUUUGAUUCAACCUUUACUAAAGGAUCUUACUCUGUAUAUUAAGAGGUAUCAGUUUGUCUCAAAGAUGUUAAAUUAAAUCUAAAAGGUAAAUUCAUAGAUCCAAUAAACGAACCUAAAUCUAAUUUAUAAUUAACUUUAAAUAUAAUAUUUUAAGAAGAUCAAAAAAAUCUGCCUAAUUUACCAGCCCUCAAAACCGAUGUUCAUGGUUUAUGGGAAUUAAAAGAUUAAAUUGUUAAAGCUAAUGGAAAAUAUAAAUUUAUUAUUAAAUAUAAAAAUGGAGCUGGAGAUGAAAAAACUAUUGAAAAAGAUUACUAAACUUCUGUUUUUACUGUAAAAUCUGUAGAUGAUUAUGAAUUCCCCAAUUCAUUCUAUUAAGAUUUUGAAUAAUGUCAUUUUUUUGGUAAGGCUAAUGAUCCUAAAACUAAAAAUAUUAUACCUUCCACUUUUCCAAUUGUAUUAACAUGUGAUUAAACUAUUUCAAAAGAUAAAAAACCUAUUAAACAAAUAGGAAAGAUUGGAUUCGAUUUAUAAUAUGAUUUAAAAUUUGAUGGAUUAGUUGAAUAUGAUUAACCAAUUUAAUGUUAAUUGAAAUCAGAAAAUGAAGCCAAAGCUAAAUUAAAUCAAAAUUUAUAAUUACAAGGACCAAAAUGGGAAAUUAAAUAAGAUCUAAUAGUUUAAUAUAUAACAUGGUUAAUAACUUUGAAAGGUUAAGUAAUAGAUCCAUUAAAAAUCAAUACAAAUUUAAAAGAUGCAACUAUUACAAUUAUUGUACAUUAACAAGUACCUAAUAAACUAGAAUCAAAAUUGAGAGGAAGAUAUCAUUUAGAUAUUCAGUAAACACAAUUAGAAUCUGUUAAAUCAAAAGAUUAAGGUUAAUAUUAAAUUGAAUUUUAAACUUACAAUUAAGAAGCUUUAAGUAUUGAUAUUACUGCUAAACUAACUGAUUUUAAUGAUUUCAAAUAAUAAAAUGCAUUAAGUAUAGCAGGUACUAAAAAUGAGGAUUUAGUAUUUAAUAUCAAUUUACAAAGAAUUGAAAUACCUGCUAUUUUAAGUUCAAAUGUAGAUGAAAUAGGAAGCAUUCAAUUAAAAACUAGUAAUCCAUUAAUGUAAGAAGAUAAGGAUAAGAAAAUCUAUGGAACUAGUGUAAUUCUUUAGAAGGGAAAGUAUAUAAAUUAUACAUUAUAUUUAGACCAUUUUAAUUUAAUUUUAAAUGCUAUUAGAAUGUUGAGUAUGUAGCAACUUUUAUUUUAACAAAUGAGCAUCAAUAAUCUAUAGAGUAUAUAUCAGAUCCUUUCAAAUGUAAAAUGGCCCCUGAAUUGACUGUAAUCAAAAUUAAAUCUGCAAAUGAUAAAUACGUAUUAAAAGUAAAUAAUACUAAUAUAAUUAGAUAAGUGGUAUAAUAAAAGAUAAAGAAAAAUUAUUUGAUGGUAUUGUUUAAGGGGCAAAUGUAAUAAUAAAUUUGAAAAAAAAUGAUAAGUUAGUUAAAUCAAUAGAAACUACUUCAAAUAAUAAGGGUGAAUAUUAGGGUUCAUUUGAAGUAAAUACUGAUACUUAUCAAUAUGAAAUUAAAGUCACUCAUCCUUAAUUUAAAGAUGGAAAUAUUUCAGAUAAAAUUGUCUUUUCAAAAAAUGAAAAUGUGAAUAGAGAUAUAAUAUUAGAAAGAUAAACAAAUUCAUAAAAAAUUACUAUUAAUUUAUAAGAUUCAAAGAAAAAACCUAUUAAAAAUUCUGAAGUAGGAGCAUCAGAUUUUAAACCAAAAUCAAAUGAUAAAAAAAUUGUGAAGGCUGAUGAAACAGGUAAAGCAACUAUAGAAGUGAGUUGUUUUAAAGAUGUUCAAGAAAGUUUUAAAUUAGAAAUAAGAGUUGAAGAUUUAAAAGAAACAAUUGAAUAGACUAUAAAUUGUGAUGGAAAAAGUUAAGAUCAUUCAAUAGUUACUUAAUUGUAAUAUAUUAAUAUAAAUGGGAAUGUGAUCGAUCCCUAUUGUAAAGGAAAGAGAGAUCUUAAAUUAAAUCUUGAUACUAUUCCAGAGACAUAGAAAUUAAAGGUAACAACAGAUAAAAAAGGUGAUUGGGAAGGUGAAUUACUUGUUAAAUUAAAUUAAGAAUACAAUGUUAAUGUUAAUUAUAAUGGUUGGGAUGGAUAAUUAUAAAGUUUGAAAGAGAAAUAUGUUAUUAAAAGUGAUUAAACUAAUUUAGAUUUUAAAAAGAUUUAUUAUUCUGAUUAAGUUGAAAGUUCAGUUGAAGGUGAAGUUGUUUCAAGUGUUUAUCAUGUUUCCUUAAAAUUUCAUAAAAUAUCAUUGUGGUUUGAUAAUAAGGAGGUUAAGGAAAGUGAGAUAGACUAAUUUAGUGAAUAUGAGAUGAAAUUUAAAGUUGUUGCUUAAUGUAAUAAGGAGUAUGAAUAUCAAAUUUUAAUUAAAGAAACUUAACAUUUUGAGAGAAAGUUGGUAAAUUUAAUUAUUAAACCACCUAAAUAUAAUUAUAAAGUUGAUAUUGUUGUUGAAGAAACUAAAGCAUAUGUUAAUGAAAUAAAGAAUUUCUUUUCAAAAUUUAUGAUUAGUGGAUAUUUAGAAUCAGAUUAUAAUUGUAAAGACAAGUUGUUUAGAGCAGUAUAACAUGCUUAAGUUAAGAUUGUAAAGAAGUAGGAGUCUGGUGAUAAGGUGAAAGCUGCUACUCAUACUAGAGACGAUGGCAAAUUUUAAUUAUAUUUCUUUUUAUCUAAAUCGUAAUUAUAUUUUAUUAAACAUUUUAUUAGAUAAGUGAAAAAUAAUAUAUUUGUGUGGUUACAUUUUGAAAAAGAAGGAUUUACAACUCCAUAUCCCCUAUUGAUCAUACCAUCAUAAUAUGAAAAAUUUUAAAUGGAUGACGAAACCAUUACACAUAUAGAUAUAGGUUAUUAAUCCAUAUCUCCUAUUCGUGAUAUGGGUUGUCCAGAAGAUAUACCAAAGAUAUCAAAUAAUGAGUAAUAAACUAUUUUGAUUGAUUACAUUAAGAUGGGAAAGAAAUAACUCAAAGGUAACAACAACUGAUUUAUAUAUCUAUAUAUUAUUAUUA